AUGCCUCCCGCCAGCGCCAGCGAGGAGGAGCGCGCUGGGCUGGGCGCCCGGGCCUGCGGCGCCUCGGAGAAGGAGCUGCUCAGGGCGCAGCAGUACAGAGUCCUCGGGGACAUCGGCGAGGGUGGCUUCUCGGAGGUGAAGCUCGCCCAGCACCUUGUCACCCACACCCUGGUGGCCGUCAAGAUCAUCCCCAAGGCCACGAACAGCCAGCUCAUCCACACCGAGAUCGACCUCCUGAGCUGCGUGCAGCACCCCAACGUGAUCAAGCUGUACGAGGUGGUGGACACCGCGGACGCCGUGUGCCUGGUCCUGGAGCACGCGGAGGGCGGCGACCUCCUGGAUUUGAUGCAGACCGUCGGCUGCCUGUGGGAGGACGAGGCCCGCGGCGUCUUCCGCCAGGUGGUGCGCGCCGUGAGCCACUGCCACGAGCUGGGCAUCGUGCACGGCGACCUGAAGCCGCAGAACGUCCUCCUGGACGCCGACGGCAACGCCAAGCUCUGUGAUUUUGGCUUGGGCGCCCGGGUGCGGGCGGGCCAGAAACUGCUGGCGGCGGGGGGCACCCUGCCCUUCUGCGCCCCGGAGCUGCUGCGGCCCGGCGGCUACGACGGCCCCAAGGCGGACGUGUGGAGCCUGGGCGUGCUGCUCUACGCCGCGGUGGUGGGGCGCUGCCCGUUCCGGGGCGACACGCCGGCGCAGGUGGAGACGGCCAUGCUGGGGGGCGAGCUCGGCUUCCCCGCGCACGUCUCCAGCGACUUCCGGGACCUGCUGGGCGCCAUGGUGGCCGCCGACCCCGCGCGCAGGCCCUCGCUGGGGCGCGUGCUGGAGCACCCCUGGCUGCAGCAGGGGCCGCGGGAGCCGCCGGCGCCGCCCGGCCUCCCCCCGCGCCCCGACAGCUCCAUCCUGGAAGCCAUGGCCGCCCUGGGCUACGACCCCCAGCAGGUGCGCGAGGCCCUGAGCGCCAAGAGCUACAACGGGCUCAUGGGCGCCUACCUCAUGCUGGAGCAGCGCAAGUCCGAGCGCGGGGAGCGGGGAGGCCUCGCGAGGAGCCCGCGCCCCUCCGUGGCGCCCGGCGGGCCCUGGUCCUCGCGCGUCCCCUCCGCCGGAGCCAGCGCGCCUGCCCUGCAGCCGCCCCCCUUCCCGGGGAAGGACGCGCGGGGCAGCGCGCGCACCCUCUACUUGGCCCCGUCCAUCCGCCUGCUGCCCAGGGCGUCCCCGCCCCGCCCGGCCCCCGCCCCCGGCGCCCUGCGGGACGCGGAGGACGGCGGGCGUCACGCGGGCCCCGCCGCGCCCCCGGCCUCGGCCCCCGCGGCUUGGAGCGGGCGGCUGCGGAGCCGGCUGCGGAGCUGCCUCGCGUGGCUGCGGGGGCUCUGCUCCUGCGUGCGGUGCGCGCGGCCGCGGCGCCGGCGCCAGGUCGUCCCCGUGGAGCGCGAGGACCGCGGCGGCCAGGCGGGGAAGCAGGUCGGUGCCCGCGGCGCGGGGCGGCACCCGGGGCCCCUGCCGGCGCCUCCCCCGCGCGCCCUCCCGCGGGCCCCACUGUGCAGGGCGUGGAGGCUGCGCGUGCCUGGGGGAGGGGCCGGGCGCUGUCGGUGGGAACAGACUCUCCGGAGGACGGAAGCCCCCACGCAGGCGCCUCCCUGA